AUGAACGAUACCAUUGAUCAAUCUCGUAUGUGCAGCGUUGGCUUGCUGACCACUGACUGCUAUGACGAUCUCGGCAAUUUCAUCGUCCAAGCAGAUGAAGCCGGCCAUGAUUUCGUCGUGACACCCAUUUCUCAUCCCACCUUGCGACGCGUAUUGAAUGAAGACAAGUCAAUCAGUGAACAAGAGCAGAGAAACUGGAAAGACAGACCUGUAUUUGAUCGCAAGGAUUUGGUGAUUCGAUCUGCUGAAUGGUCUGGUAGAGCUGUCGGAUUGUUGGCCGACUGGAUACAACUUGACUCCAGCGAGCCUGAAGUAAGAAUGUGCUCUGAAUUAGCAUUGAAACAAGAGAUGGACUGGGCCUGCCACAUUAGUUUAUCAGGUCUCAUUUUCCCUGCGUUACCUACCGGUUCUCUGUUCAACACAGCUCGAGUCAUCAACAGCGCUGUCAAGUCCAUGUCGUAUACACAAUUUCUUGUCAGAGUGCCAUUGACUGAUAAAAAAAAUGUUCAAGAAAACCUUAGCUGGAAGCAGUGGAAUAGAUUCAGAACAUUGACGGAAUACAAUACCAAGAUUCACGUAGCACUCGAGAUCACCUCCGAACUACCUUCAGAUAAGCAGUUGCUCGACAUGUGGCUAGCCGAACCCAUUAAGGCUGUGAUUGUACCUGCUGAAAUCUUUGUGGAGAAUGCCAAGGGAUAUCCAGUCUUGUCGAAGCCUCACCAAAAGUUUAUCCAAAAUUUGAUGGACAAGAUGAAGCCUGACAUGAUUGUUACACUCCCUCCUACACAAAUCCACAAAAAGGCCACACCUCAAUCAUACAGCGAAUACAUCGGCUACUUGAAUCGCCGCUUGCCACCAUUGAAAGAUGUAGAUCAGUUUGCUUCAGGAUACCAAGACUUUCUUCAGGCACCCUUGCAACCGUUGAUGGACAACUUGGAGAAUCAAACCUAUGAAGUGUUUGAAAAAGAUCCUAUCAAGUACCAGCAAUACGAAAAGGCAGUUUACAAGGCUUUGUUGGACCGUGUGGAGUAUGACUCUGAUUAUGUUACAACCAUCAUGGUGGUGGGUGCUGGUAGAGGUCCAUUAGUGAACUGCUGUCUUCGCGCUGCUGAAAAAUCCGAACGCAAAAUUCAUGUUUACGCACUAGAAAAGAACCACAAUGCCUAUGUAACACUACAAAACGCCAAAGCUGAUGUAUGGGGUGAUAAGGUGACCUUGGUUUUUGCUGACAUGAGAAAAUGGACUCCUCCUACCAAGUGCGAUAUUUUGGUGAGUGAGCUCUUGGGUUCUUUUGGCGAUAAUGAGCUUUCACCUGAAUGUCUGGAUGGAGCCCAAAAAUUCAUCAAAGAAGGCGGUAUCUCCAUUCCCGCAAACUACACAGCAUUCGCCUCACCAUUGGCCUCGACAAGACUCAACAACAACGUGGCAGCUUACAAAGAUUUAGAGCAUUACGAAACUCCCUAUGUUGUCAUGUUCCAACAAGUUUGCGAAUUAGCACCACCGAAAGCACUCUGGUCAUUUGAACAUCCCAAUACGCAAGGCGACAUUCCUGCAGAUGGAGACCCCAUGAACAAUCUACACAACGUCCGAUACAAUCAUGUCGAAUUCACAGUGAAACACGAUAUGGUUAUGAACGGUAUUGCCGGUUACUUUGAGAGCGUUCUUUAUAAAGAUGUCAUGAUCUCUAUCCGACCUAAGACACAUUCACCUGGUAUGUUUAGUUGGUUCCCCAUCUAUUUCCCCAUUCGCACACCUGUGCAAGUACCCAAGGAUUCCACUGUAUCACUUCAAUUCUGGCGCUUGACAGAUGCUAAAAAGGUUUGGUAUGAAUGGACUGUUACUGUGCAAGGCAGAAAUGGAGAGGAAAUGACAACUUUGCCCAUUCAUAACGUUGGUGGUCGCUCUUAUUUCGUAGGACUAUAA